CCUGGGCGGAUGAGGUCACUCUUUGUGGUGGCUGCCGUUGGCAAGAUGGCGCCGGUGCUGGCGGAGAAGAAGCUGCUGGGGCCGGACGGGCCCGUGGCCGCCGAGUUCGCCAGCGAGGAGGACGAAGGGCAGAGCCUUUGGCACUCAAUACUGAGUGAAGUUGCCACACGAUCCAGGUCUAAAUUACCCACAGGCAAAAAUAUUCUUGUCUUUGGUGAUGAUGGCUCAGGCAAAACAACACUAAUGACUAAAAUCCAAGGAGCAGAGCAUGGGAAGAAAGGAAGAGGCCUGGAAUACCUGUACCUAAAUAUCCAUGAUGAAGACAGAGAUGAUCAGACCCGUUGUAACGUCUGGAUUCUUGAUGGGGACUUGUACCAUAAAGGGCUCUUGAAAUUCGCUGUUUCAGCAGAAUCGCUGCAAGAGACCCUUGUCAUUUUUGUGGCAGAUAUGUCUAGACCAUGGACUGUUAUGGAAUCCUUACAGAAAUGGGCAAGUGUAUUGCGUGAACAUAUUGAUAAGCUGAAAAUCCCCCCUGAAGAGAUGAGAGAUAUGGAACAGCAAUUUGUGAAGGCUUUUCAGGAAUAUGUAGAACCUGAAGAUGGGUAUCAGGGGUCACCGCAGAGAAGAGGCCCAUCAGGACAAGAUGAUGAAAAUGUAAUUCUACCACUUGGAGAUAAUGUUCUGACUCACAACCUCGGCAUCCCUGUGAUAGUAGUUUGUACAAAGUGUGAUGCAAUGAGUGUAUUAGAAAAGGAACUUGACUACAGAGAAGAACAUUUUGACUUCAUUCAGUCGCACAUUCGUAGAUUCUGCUUACAAUAUGGUGCAGCCUUGAUCUAUUCAUCAGUUAAAGAGGAAAAGAAUCUUGAUUUGUUAUAUAAGUACAUUGUACAUAAAACAUAUGGCUUUCAUUUUAUCACACCUGCCUUAGUGGUAGAAAAGGAUGCAGUUUUCAUACCUGCUGGCUGGGACAAUGAAAAGAAAAUUUCAAUUCUACAUGAAAACUUCACAACAGUGAAACCAGAAGAUCCAUAUGAAGACUUCAUUGUAAAACCUCCUGUAAGAAAGUUAGUUCAUGAUAAAGAACUUGCAGCAGAAGAUGAACAAGUGUUUCUUAUGAAGCAGCAGUCUCACCUUGCCAAGCAGCCAGCCACACCUACAAGAGCUUCUGAAUCUCCUGCACGAGGGCCUUCCGGAUCACCAAGACCCCAGGGCAGGGCAGGCCCUGUCACUGUCCCCAGUGCCUCGCCAAUAGCAUCUGUUAAGAAGCCAGAUCCAACAAUUAAAAAUAACGCUGCAAGUGAAGGUGUGCUAGCCAGCUUCUUCAACAGUCUCUUGAGUAAAAAGACUGGCUCUCCUGGGAGUCCUGGUGCCGGAGGAGUGCAGACCACAGCCAAAAAAUCAGGGCAAAAAACGGUUUUGACGAAUGUCCAAGAAGAACUGGAUAGAAUGACUCGCAAACCAGACUCUAUGGUAACGACCAACUCCUCUCCGACAGAGAACGAAGCUUGAUUAAUGCUUGAACCUGCAUAUGUAAAUGACCAAAUAACUAUGUACAUUGAUCUGAUAAGACCAGGAGUUCUCUGCUAUGGCAGAUGCUAUAAGUUUUUCUUGGGGCAGGGGGAAAUGAAAUUUAACCUUCAUUGGCUUGUCCCAGUAUCAAGUGCACAUUCAGGAAGAUUUGCAUAUAAAAGUCCUCUGUUUUAAGAUAACCAUUUUAGAAUAUAAAUAGGGCAAUUCUCUUGAUUUGGGUGGCAAACAAGGUGCAGCUGCAAUUCCUAGGGAAGAGCACAGAGAAGUGAGAUGCGGGAUUCCUGUUGAAAAGCCACCAGUGGCUGCUGGCACUAAGGAUGAACGAAGUCCCCUUUUCCAAGUAUACUGGAGUUGGCCAUUCAAAACAUAUUUAUACUUGGAGAGAAUCUGGUGUAGUAGAGUGAUGGUUAGAUGAAGAGAGUGUAAGAUGCUGCAUUUAAAAUAAGUGCAAGAUCUGGCUCAGAAGUGAAAAGUAUGUUGGACAGACUGGAGAAAAGCAGUGUUAAUACAUCCUGUGUUGAAUAGAGAUCAGAUAAUCAUGUUUUAAAAACAAAAGCCUUUACAAUUGGAAAGUGUCCAAAGCUUAUAUGCUGAGUAUCAUGGGAAUUUUUCUUGUUAUAAAUUGCAUUUUUGUUUUUUUGUUUUAACAAGAAGCUACAUGAAAUGUGGUGGGUGCCCUUUUUGUCACAGCUGACACAGGGAGAAGCUUGAUUAGACCAAGUGCCUGGCACAAUGACUGAUGUCUUUUGGAAGGUGCUUGAACCUCUUGUGCACUGUAGUACAAACAGUCUUUGUUUGUUUGACUUUACUUUGAAUAACUCAGUAACUUUUUAUAGUAAUGUAUAAUUUUGAAUCCUGUUUUCUCAUAGCUUCUGCCUUGGGUUUUUUUCCCUUUUCUAAAUGCCAAUCACAUGGCCUAUUAAGAGCAAUGAGUGACAUAUCACUUUCCCAUGAUGAAAUGUGUUAUGAAAUACAAAUCUUUCUUUUAGUAGCUGAAAACUCAGUCCUGCCUUAAGGUUUGUGAAACCUGUAAUAAUUUUCUUAUAGGCUCCCAAAAUUUUUGUUCCACUUUGCAGUAAAUUACUCGUGUUUGUAGGUUUACAUAGUUAAAACAUAGAAACUAAUGACAUCAUUAUAGCCCUUUAGUGUAGCCUUUUAAAUGUGGAAAGGAAUCUUACAAUUGUCCCUCAUUGCUACUCAAAUAAUUACCCAUGGCCAGCUUGAGCUAUGAAAGACUCCCACAGUUAACUGAAAUGGCACUUUUGAGUUUCUGUACGAUAUAUUUGAAAAAGAAACACUACCUUGCAUUAUAGUACUAAACAUCUUUGUAAUCAACACACAGAAGGGAAAAAACCACCGUAUGAAUUAUGCAGAGUUUACUUUUUAUUGAUAAGGAUUUGUGUGUUAUGCUGAAUCUUGUUUCUGAAUAGAACACCCCUAAUAUUUAUAUAUACAUACAUAUAUAUAUUGUUAAAUAUACAGAAUGAAUUGACCACUAACACAGUACUGGAUGUAAUUGCAAACCCUGUGUUACAUCAAGAGGCCGCCUCUUUGUUUUUGUAAGUCUGUCUAACACUAUCUAGAAAGCUAAGAGUAUUUACUUGCAUUAACUUAAAAGCAUGUUUACUUGUGCCAGUUAUGUGUUGUUGUUUUCCUUUCCUUUUUUUACAUUUUUAUAAUUUCAGAACCUCAGUUACAUCCACAGUUGCCUGUAUCUUAAAUUGACGAGUUGUGGUUGGGGCAAUUUGGUGUGUGGUUCUGCUGGCAUAUGAUUUGCCAGAUGUAUGUUAAAGAAAACUGUGGCCACUCUAGCAGAUGUGACUUGCAUCCUGUCCUCGUGGCAUGCAGCUUUAUUAUACUGUUAGGCAGCUGCACAUUUUAUGCCAUGCAUAAGUGCAUGGCAUGUUGGGAUGGUUAAGUUCAUGCUGAGUUCUAGCAUAGGGAACUUUACCACUGUCUCAAUCUCCUUGCCACACGUGCAAAAGGCAUAGAACCAGCCUUAUGAUUGGCUGGCCAGUCUGGAGCUGAUUUUGGCUGCCUAGAGAUAAGGCAUAAUAUAUUGGAAACAAGUAUGUUGGACAAGCAAGUGUUUUGUGAUGGUAUGCGGUUCCAAUGCAAGCCUUCAGUACACAACUGCCUCUUUCUGUUGAUGUUUUUGUCAUUUAUGCAGAUAAUUCACUUUGUAUAUCAAUAAUGUGUACAAGUGGCUACUGGGGUUUUUUUGUUUUUGUUUCUUCAUUUUCAUAAAAUGAAUGUUAGAACUGCUGCAAAUGAGCAAAAGCCAGUAACAUACCACUUUCCAGUUGUGCAAAAGAGUGCUUGGAUCCAAACAGAAGUUGAUUUCCCACCUCUACUCGGAUAGUGCUUAAGGAAACUCUGCAAGUGAAUGCUCCUAGUUUCUCAAAGGAAGAAAGCUGUAAGUAAUGUAGUGUUUUUUGGUUGCCAAAGUCUAGCAACUUUGGAAAGCUGCACAGUUGUCUUUUCUGGUGUUCUCAAGCAUUGGAACCAAAGGCCAAACUGCAAAAGCCUUUACAUUUUAAAAAUACAAUUAACUUUAUUUUUCAGGAUACACUUGUAUGGUAGACUGUUAAAAUUAUUACAUGGCUAUAUUUAUAUACGGUAUAUUGAUUGCAUCUACUGUUCAUGUUUAAAACUUAAAGUAAUAAUCUAUUCAACUUGAAGAGAGAAGGCAAAUAUAAAGGAUUAAGGAUUGGCCCUCCAUCAAAAUGCUGUUUAUGCUGCUUGAUUUUUUUUUAAAGUUUGCACUUUUUAUUGGCAUUUUAAAACUUGUUUAAACUGAACAGAACUUGUUGUAUUUUAUUUAAUUUAACUACAUUGAAAGUGACUGAACUUAACCAUAUCCAUGCUGUAAAUGAAAGUUCACUCUCCUAUAUGACUAAGUUUAUUGAUGUUUUUAACUUCCAAUGAGGACUGCAGAUGUAUCCAACACAACCCUUAGUCCAGUUGUAUGGCUUUAACCAGGUGCAGUCAUGUGGAAUCUUGCUUUCUAGUGCUGGCAAAAAUGAGGACAUGUUCUUUAAUUAAUGGCUUCAAUAAACACCAACCAAGACUGCUU